GCAUGCACGCCACCGGCCACACGGACCGCUCGGGCGGCGGCGGCGGCGGCGGCUCCUGGCGCCUCCCGCCCGACGAGACGCUGCAGGUCGCCGACCCCAAGUCUGCGAAGGAGGACGUAAGUCAUCCUACAGCACUCGUUAAUGAAGACGAUCUGUACCCCGGCGAUGGUCACAACUGGAGGAGCAUCAUAUUCUCGUUGAUGGUGAUCAGUUUUGUCAUAGCGGGCAUCGUCACUGCGAUUUAUUUACUUGGGUAUGUGGACGAGCUGCUGUACUGGUCGGGGCGGCGCAUGCGGCUGGAGGAGUUCCUGCGCGGGGAGCUGGCGAGCGCGCGGCUGCCCACCACCUGGGUCGGCCACCAGCUGGUCUACCAGGCGGACGACGGUGGCCUGCUGGCGCUCGACACCCUCAACAACACCCUCACGGUGCUCGUCACCAACCACACCCUCAGGCAGCUCAAUGUCCGCGGGUACCAGUGCUCCCCGAACCUGCGCUUCGUGUUGUUUCAGCACAAUAUCAAGGAGGUGUAUCGACGGACAUUCACUGCGCAUUACACUGUUUAUGACGUCACCAAUGACCACCACAUCCCGUUGUUCGGCGAGGGUCAGCGCAGCUGGGAGUGGCAGCACGCGGCGUGGCUGGGCGGGGAGGGCGCGCUGCUGCUGGCGGCGGACAACGAGGUGCUGGCCCGCCCCGCGCCGCCCGCCCGCCGCGCCCCCCUGCUGCGCCUCACCACCGACGCCAAGCCCGGCGCCGUCUACAACGGCGUCUCAGACUGGCUAUAUCAGGAAGAGGUGACGAAGAAGUCGUCAGCGAUGUGGGGCUCGGCGGACGGCAAGUUCGUGCUGUACGCGCAGUACAACGACAGCCAGGUGUCGGAGCUGGUGUUCCCGCGCAUCAGCGAGGCCAUCGGCGGCGCGGGGGCGGCGCGCACCGGCUUCCUGGCGCCUGCCAACAGCACGCCCGCCGUCUUUCCCGACCACGUCACCGUGCGAUACCCCACUCCGGGCAGCUCCAUCCCGCGGGUGAAGCUGUGGAUAGUCGGCGUGCGGAACGUCACCACGCUGCCGAGGUGGGAAGUCCGCCCGCCGACCACGUUGGACGGAAUGGAAUAUUAUCUCAUAUCAGCCCAGUGGGUGGGCAAAGAAAACUCUCAUAUAGGUGUAGUGUGGAUGAAUCGAGCUCAGAACCUUACUGUAUAUAGCAGCUGUUAUGCCCCUAACUGGACGUGUACGGAGACUCACUCGGAGAAGGCGACGGACGAGCCGUGGCUGGAGGUGCACCAGGAGCCGGUGUACUCGGCGGACGGUGGCGCCUUCCUGCUUCUGGCGGCGGUCCAGGAGGGCGGGGGGCAAUACUACACGCACAUCAAGCACGUCGACGUGCUCCGCCAGCGCAUGGCCGUGCUCUCCCACGGGAAGGUCGAGGUCGCCGAGAUCCUCGCCUGGGACCAGGAGAACCAUUUGGUUUAUUACUUAGGUGUAAGCUAUGAAAAGUUUUAUCCGUAUGUACCCAAGGAGAAUAGGACAACAGACUAUGAACGUAGCGCAGAGCGGCCGGGACAGCGGCAGGUGUACGUGGUGCGGGACCCGGGCUACGGCGGCGGCAGCAACAGCGUGCGCGCACGCGCCGAGCGCGAGGAGCCGCGCUGCCUGACGUGCGAGAUGGCGGUGUGGCCGGCGCGCCUGCACUACGCCAACUGCACGUACUGGAGCGCCGCGUUCUCGCCCGCGCGCCCCGCCGUCGGCAUCACGCACUACGUGCUGGAGUGCCGCGGCCCCGGCCCGCCGCUCGCCGGCCUGCACGACGCCCGCACGCACAAGCUCGAGAGGAUACUGUACGACACGAGGCCUUAUAGAUCAGUACGUCUGCGCGAGCUGGCGCUGCCGACGCGGCGGUCGUUCGACGUGCAGCUGGGCAGCGGGUCGAAGGCGCGCGUGCAGCUGCUGCUGCCGCCCUCCUGGCGCGAGGAGCUGCGCGACGCUGCCUUCCCCGUGCUCGUCCACGUCAAUGGUCGUCCGGGCAGCCAACACGUGACGGACGAGUUCGCGGUGGACUGGGGCACGUACAUGUCGUCGCGCAACGACGUGGUGUACGUCAAGUUGGACGUGGCGGGCGCGCGGGGCCUGCCGCGCGCGCUGCUCCGCGGCCGGCUCGGCGGCGUAGAGGUGGCCGACCAGCUCGCUGUUAUUAGAUAUUUGCUGGAAACGUUCAAGUUCCUGGACGUGACGCGCGUGGCGGUGUGGGGGUGGGGCUACGGCGGGUACGUGACCUCGAUGCUGCUGGGCUCGCAGCAGGCCACGCUCAAGUGCGGCAUCGCCGUCUCGCCCAUCACCGACUGGCUCUACUACAACGCGGCGUUCACGGAGCGCAUCCUGGGCCAGCCGUCGGUGAACUACAAGGGGUACGUGGAGGCGGACGCGUCGCAGCGCGCGCACCACGUGCCCGCGCACGCGCUGUACCUCGUGCACGGCCUGGCCGACAUCAGCGCGCCCUACCCGCACGCGCUGCAGCUGGCCCGCGCCCUCACUGACGCCGGCGUGCUCUUCCGCUACCAGGCGUACGCGGACGAAGGUCACGACCUGAAGGGUGUGAUCGAGCACGUGUACCGCAGCAUGGAGGACUACCUGCGCGAGUGCCUGUCGCUCGACCCCGAGGACACCAAGCUGCCGCCCCCGGACAGAUAAGACGAGCGACGUACGGUUACCCAGGGGCCUUACCACGAAACCGUUUUGAGCCUCAAACAAUCGUACGAGAAUGCCGCGUUCUAUUUUAACAAAUGUGAAAUGUCUAACAGUUGUUAGAGCAGGAAGUGGCAUUCUCAUCGGAUUGGUUGAAUCUCAAAACCGUUUCGCAGUAGGCCUAGGUAGAUACGACGAUGUAACUGAACAAUUUGUACGCAGGCAGCUUUAUUUGCUGCUGAUGAGGGUUCAUCAGCAACAAAUAUGAUAUGAAGAAGAUUCAGGAAGUCAUGUGAAGAGUGAAGAUGUAGGCUCAUCUGCAUGGAUUUAGGUUGAAAUUAAUUUUGGGUAAACAUCAUGUUGUCUUUCUCAUCCUUCGUAUAUUUUAUGAAAGAGAUAAGAUGAUUUAGAACCCAGGGCUAACUUCAACGAGAGUACAUACUGAAUAGGACAUAUUAUGCAGUUGCAUCGUUGUUGUAAAGAGACUUAGGAUAAUUAUCUCCUUCGAUAUUCGCUAAGUUAGUUAAAUUCUCUGUAAAUAUGUAAAUGGAAUCGUGCUUUAAGUGUGUUCUUCUCUAGGUUAGUGAAUUAUUUUGUCGAACGCUAGGAAUCAUUGUAAUAUAAGUAUGGGCUAUGACUUUCGUGUGUUCAAAUAGUGUAAAAGUUGCCAGAGACGAUUAAUAAAUGGACUGGUACGUUCCGAACCUUCUAAACGAGUCCACUAGCACUGCUUGAAACCCUUCGCCUUAUUCUAUUGUCUUUUACUACUUUGUAAGGCUAGAUAGAGAUUUAAAUACAUUUCACGUCUUAAUAUAAUCUUAUACAAGUAUCUUGUUACUGUUUCUCUUUACAUAUAACGUACCCUGUGUGAUCAUGUUCAUGACAUCUCGAGCUUUACCCUUUAGGCUUUAUCCCUCGUAGACCUUAUUUAUAAAUUGUACAUUAUACUCCGUUUUUCUUCAUUUCGAUUUAAUUGUCAACAAAAUUUGGCAAAGCUUCUAUAUAUCUAUCGAAAUAUUAUGUGUUUGGUAUUUUGUCAGUUGAUCAUGGCAGAGUUCUAUUACAUAAAAACAAUUAAGUAUGUGGAAAAAGCUGA